UGUUGAAGUACCUCUCUAUCUCUCUCUCUCUCAGGGUCGAAUUGGUGCGAAUGUGACUACUAUCGUAGAUAGUCUCUCUCUACGAGUACUGGUAAUGCCUCCCUGCGAAUUCGUCCGUGUGGAUCUAUGCUCAGCUAAGGUACUGGCUUCACUUCGGUUGUCCUCCAAUCAGAUGACUGUCGGGCUGUUUGAUCUUCUUGUACGAGCAACACGUUUCUGGACGACCUUAUUGCUAUGAGGAUGUACGAGGCAAUGCUUCCUAAGCAGGUGAGCCAGCAGACAUGAAGUGUCGUUGAGUGUGGCUAUAAAGAGCCUGAGAAGCAUUGGAAAGAAGACGAACACCGUUCAACCGGAGUCAACCUGCGAUCAUCAUCCUCCUUAGCCCUUCCCACUCCUUACCAGCAGCAACAUGGCUUCAGGUCCUAUGCAAACCUGUUGCGUCAAAGGGUUCAAGCAUGACGGCACACCCACCGGUCGCAUUGAGUCAAGCUUCGUCAACACCCAACUUGGUCCAGUCGAUGCUUAUAUCACCGAGCCCAAAAUAUCAGGUUCUGAUGAGAAGAAGCACGGGAUUCUUUUCAUUCCCGAUGUCAUCGGCCACACUUCAAAUAAUGCGCAACUCCUUGCCGAUCAGUUUGCGGCUCGAGGCUAUUACGUCGUCAUUCCUGACCUCUUUUACGGAGACUUCAUCGAGAUGAACAACUUUGCCAACGUCGACCUCGCCAAGUGGAAGCUAGGCCACUACUCGGACAGAAAGCUCGCCCAUGAUCCUGCAAGUAUCGACCCUAUCAUUGAAGCGUGCAUCAAGAAGAUGAAGAUGGAACUUGGCAUCAAGAAACUCGGCGCAGUCGGAUAUUGCUUUGGCGCCAAAUACGUUGUUCGCUUUUUGAAAGAAGGCUCAUUCGAUGCCGGCUAUGGUGCACAUCCUUCGUUCGUCGACACCGAGGAAUUGGCAGCCAUCACACGGCCAUUCUCCAUCGCCGCGGCGGAGAUCGACGGCAUCUUCACUGCGGAAGGCAGACACCAGAGCGAAGCCAUCUUGAAGAAAGCCGGUGUCCCCUGGCAGAUAGACUUGUACGGCGGCGUCAGUCACGGCUUCGCUGUGAGGGGAGAUAUCAAGGACAAACGACUUCGAUUUGCCAUGGAGGCAGCUUUUUCACAAGCUGUGGAUUGGUUUAAGUUCCAUUUGGACGACUGAGGUGCUGGACAGAUGAGGAAAGCCCUUUUUAGGAGGUUACUCACCCGUAACGUCUCCCCUCUUACUCACCCAAUGGCAUAAGAGCACUUUUCUCUG